AUGCCUCACCAAGUACUUUGGGCCGCACACGGAUGGGCCAGAGCCCACCUGUCGCCGGCGGCCGCGGGCGGCCUGAGGCCGGGAAGCGGGGCAGGCGCGCCCCACGCUCGCGGCCCCGCUGUCGGGACCCCCGCACGCACCCACCUGCGGCCCCCGCCCCGAGCCCGGCGCCCCCAACUCGGCGAGAAGCCCGAGAGCGCGGGAAGCAGGCCCGCGCUCGGCACCCCCCACACCCGCCCGCCCGCCCGCAGGGGCCGGGGCGGCGGUACCUUCCAGAAGAGCGAGCUCCCCCGCGCCUCCGCCGCGCUCGCCGGCCGCCAUCUUCCUCCUCCCGCGCCGCCGCCGCCUCAGUCCAUGGCCGCCGCGCUCGCCGGGAUGAGGGGCCGCGCCGCAGGACGGUGGUCGCCGCAGGGUGGCGGGCCGCGGGCUCGGCCGUCGGCGGGCGGCGCUCCCGGCCACCAGGCCUACACAAAAGCGGGCCGAGCGCUGCCGGGCCUACCCGCGGGGCGGCGGGCGGCCAGGCCCGCGGCCUGGGCCUCGCGGGCCCCUCCGGGGCGACGCGAGCGGCGGCGGCGCUUCCCGGGCACGGCUCCUCUCGGCCCGCGACUCCCCAUCCACCGCCAGCCGGGCCGCCUGAGACGCUCCCCUCGCCGCGGGCCUCCAGGAAGGGAGGUUGGCGGCGAGCGCACGCACACGCCUCCGCUCGUCCCGGGGCGUAAAAUGGCUGCGCCCGGCGCGCCGAGGCCUCCGCGACCGUCAGGCGCCCCCGGGCCGCCUGCUCCUCCGCAGCCGCCGCCGCUACUGCCGUCCUUCCCCCGCUUCCGGGCGGGAGCGCAUCAGCAGAGCCUCCGCGACCGUCAGUGCGCGCGUUGGUUCUCCUCCGCCGCCGCCGCCGCCCGGCCGCCGCUCCUCCCCCACAGGCGCCGGAGCCGCCGCGCCGCCCCCCGCGCUCCCCCUCAGCUGCCCCGGCGCGGCUCGCGGGCGGAGCGGGCGCGGCGUGUGGCGCCCGCCGCCCGGCCCCCGCAGGGCCGCCCUCCGCGGCGCCGGCCGGGCCUCCGCUCGGCUCGUCCGCACCCCGGCCGGCGGGGCCCCUGCGGGGCGGCGGGCGAGCGCGGUCGCGGGCCCGCAGCCGCAGCGCCCAGGGCCGCCGCCCCGAGGAGGCCCCGCGUGCGCCGGCGGCGGCGAACGGGAUGGAACCGCGCUUGGGAAGUGGCUCGCGGCCUUCAUGCCUGUUUUAAAAAGUUGCCAAAAUUAUCGUUCGGGGGAAAAAAACCGUUAUUUAUGUGCCUGAGACCUGAGAGCCCCAUGUCCUGCUUCGCAAGGCAGCCUCGUAGGUGCAGUUACCCACAGUCAGCUGACAUCCGGAAGCAGGUGACCCUCCUUGUGACAUAUCCUCAGAAGGAGAUGGGAGUCAGCCUCUCAGAUUAAUCCUCCGUACAGGAACUAGUGGAAUACUUCUCUGUCUAAAUGGAAUCCAAGGGGAUUUACCUCUCAAGGCUUAUGACAGAUUGACCUCUGCUGAUGGGUCAGAGAAGAAGGAUAAAUACUGG